UCCUUUCUCUUUCCCCCCUUUAUUUUCCACUCACCCUUACAAAAAAACCCAUCCCUAUCUGAUAAUGUCCGACCCGGAAACCACACCCGAACAAGACGCCACUCCUCCUCCACCGUCACCGAUGGAGGCUCCGCCGCAUCCCGAACCUGUCACCGCCACCAAGUCCGGCGCUUCCUCCUUCAGCAUAUGGCCUCCCACACAGCAAACCCGCGAUGCCGUCAUCAAUCACAUUAUCGAGACCCUAACAACUCCCUCAGUCCUCUCCAAGCGCUAUGGCACAGUGUCCCCUGACGAAGCCUCCGCUGCCGCCCGCCAGAUCGAGGACGAGGCCUUCGCCGCCGCCGGUGUCUCCGCCUCCGCAGGCGACGACGGCAUUGAGAUCCUCCAGGUGUACUCCACGGAGAUCAGCAAGCGGAUGCUUGACACCGUCAAGGCCAGAGCUCCGGCAAGUUCCGCCGCCGAUAAUGGCGGUGCCUCUGACGUCCCCGACGAAGAGGGCGUCGCUGCUGCUGUUUCUGACUCUUGAUUGGUCAUCCAGUAACAGUGAUGUUUUGGACCGUACCCUUAAUUUUUGAUUCCAUGGGCAGAUUGACUUGCUGAUCAAUUGUUAGUGGAUGUUAUAUGCCUAGAAAUGUUAUGAUUUACUUGCUACUUUUUGGUUUCAAAUAUCGAGAAAAUCUUUAGCUGAACGAAAUCUGAGUCAACUGUCUACCAUGAUUCCAAUCAAUGGGGAGCAACAAUGGUGUUUCUUUUGUUCUGCGAGCACUUUUGAGUUGUGUUAAUCAUAUAUUGUGGAAUUGCAACUAUAUCAACUAAGGGUUACCACUACCAGAACAUCUUCUGUAUCUUUGCAUAUCCUUCAAGAAUGCAACAUCUUCUGUUACCUAAUUUCUCCCUUGGAUUCUAUGCUCUUUAAAA